UACCUUGAUACUCCAACUAUGCUGGUUUUGUUUAUACACUAAGUCUCUGAAGUCUGAUCAUUUCAAUGUCAACAAUACUGGCGGUCGUGGGUUAAUUGACAAAGUUCGUACACGAUAGGUCAGGCAAGGGUUGAUGAAAAUUCAGUGAAGUGGUUCUAAUUCAGCAACCGGUAUCUAUUUUGAGUACUUCAUCUCACGGUCAACCUUUGGUCGCAGCCUCAAUGGUUUGAGAACACACUGGGGCCAGGACUUCUCGCCUGCACAAGCGAGCAGCAUACUACUAGUUGUGCAACUAAAGUACGUGUUUUUAGGCAACAUUUUUUGAAUUUUGUGGCGAAUAGGUCCAAGGAGUAGUACCUCCGUAUCAAACAAUGUCAGUGUUGCUGGCUGUAUUGGCACUCGUAUUAUCGGGUUUCAUACUGUCCAUGUGGAGCCUGCGGAGGUACAUCGCAGGCGGAUGGUGCUACAGUCGAGCCCGUCUAGACGGUAAGACGGUCAUCAUCACGGGGGCAAAUGCCGGCAUAGGCAAGGAAACGGCCCGUGAUCUCGCUCGAAGAGGAGCACGUGUCAUUAUGGCUUGUCGCGACGUGUCGAAGGCUACAUCAGCCAGAGAAGACAUCCGAGGAACAACUUCAAGAGGUCAGCUGGUGGUGCGGCAGCUCGACCUGGCCUCUCUGGCCUCCGUGAGGGCGUUCGCAGACAAGAUCAAGGAGGAGGAGCCCAGACUGCAUGUCCUGAUCAACAGCGCAGGUGUGAUGAUGUGUCCUCGGCAGUUAACGGAAGAUGGGUUCGAGAUGCAUUUCGGCGUCAACCACUUAGGCCAUUUUCUCCUGACCAACCUCCUGUUGGACCUCCUCAAGUCGUCCAGCCCCGCCCGCGUGGUUAACGUGUCCUCCAUAGCCCACGGCAGCGGCAAAAUCCACUGGGACGACGUGAACAUGACCAACACUUACGACCGCUUCGACGCCUACGGCCAGAGCAAGUUGGCCAACAUGCUGUUCACCCGGGAACUGAGCAAACGACUCGAAGGUACGGGAGUGACAGCCAACUGUCUUCACCCUGGCGUUGUCCAGACGCAACUCUUCCGCCACAUACAGGCCGAGAAACCGGACGGAGUGGUGGGGCUGGCCAUGUCGCUCAUCAACCUCGCGCCGGGCUUCUUCUUCAAGAGCGCCAUUGAGGGCGCCCAGACUUCCAUCUACAGCGCCGUGGCCGAGGAACUGACCGAAAUCUCCGGGAUGUACUUUGCUGACUGUGCACCAAGGAUGCCAUCCGCCGUAGCGCUGAACGAGGAGGAGGCCCGCAAGUUGUGGACCCUGAGUGCCCGCCUCGUCGGCUUGGAAAAAAGGGUGGAGUGGAAGAAGGACUCGUCUUCUCACUGCCCCAAAGAAUGAGCUUCCACACCGUACCCCCUGAGCCAUUUCUCCCCACACCUGGACCACAGACAAUGUGUUCAGUUUUAAAGGGUGCGCUCUUUGUAGUACAGAAUUUCCUGGAACAAAGACACGUUUUCCGUCACUGCGUGGCACCCUCAGAGCCGUAUUUUUUUUAACAUUACUAAAUCAAGCUAAGCCAUUUUGAGGCAAUUUCCAAAAAGGCUAGCCUGUUGGAGGACACCACAGUAAUAGUAUUGUCAACUGUAGUCUGAUUGUUGGGAAACAUGACCCUAUAAGCGAAAUAUUAUUGACCUGCAAAACAUUUCUCUAGUUAUUUUGCAUCAGCGAUUGUUGUAAAAAACUCCCUCACAGGAUAGUUAACUAGGAAUCUGCAAAGGGGUAAUAGCUGAAACGUGAUUCCUUCAGAUGCUCGUUUCUACCUUUCAAAGUUUCAUAAUAAGCAUUUCGAUUUAGGCCUAUCAGAGCACAAAAUGCUCUUACACUCGUCUUUGUUUCGCUGAUGCAGUUUGCAAGUAUGCAGUUUGGAUUCGCUCUCAUUCCAUUAACAAUGCGCGGCAGGUUUAGAGGUUUUUAAUGGCAAUAAAGGAUUUUCGGCUGUUCAUGGCCAAUGCCCAAGUCCUUCUAAAGGGACACAUUGCUAACCAAGGACAUUAUCGACCAUUUCAUUUCGAUAAAUAAAAUUGAUUCCCUGGCAAGAAUCGAUUCCUAGUUUCUCACCCCCAUCCACAGAUCGGUUAUGCCUCGUCGAACACCAAUGACCCAUUAUUGGUAAUAUCACGCUUCCAUGGGAGGAUUAAAUCGACGGACGACUGCUCAUUUUCCGGUUACAGUUUAGACUGGCAAGAAUUCUCUCGGGGCGGACGCAGGACGGAGAUCCAGUCAUAGUUUAUCGCAGUUUUGGUUAAUAACAAAUCGAUCCCGAUAUAUAGACAGUUCGGGUACGACAGUGUUUAUCUUUCCUAAGCAACCAAUGACCGUAAGCUUAGCUGAAUUACAAAGAAUCCGGCAUUUAAAGGAGUCUCUAUGCUCCAGCCACUCGUAAGAAAGUGCCGUAGAGAGACAUGUUCUCGUUUCUUACUGACAGCACUGCGCACCGCGAAGUAUUACAAGUGGCUGUUCCCAAAGAUAGUGAGGUGGAACGCGCAGACAAUGAAAUCAAAACUGAGUCACUAUAAACAGGCGAAUGCAUAAUUUUAUCAUUAUAGGAGACCGAUUUGACCGAAUGGGAGAAGACAUGGAAAAUUAGGUUUCAUCAGUCCAAUGUAUUAUCUUUCCUAUGACCAUUUCAAGGCGCUGUCUCACAGGAGAUACGUGUUUCGUGUACCGUACGCACAAGGGUACAAUGAGCUGGUGAGUGGAUGACAAUGUUGAGACGUAUCUUCAAAGCGACUGAAACAAGUCUAGACUUGGUUCUAUACUAAAGCAGCUAUAACUUGGUAGCCUUGGCGAAACAAGUAGGACUGAUGAAGGGAUAAUAGCUAAUCUCGUGCAUUGUCUUUAAUCAUUAAUAAACAAGCAGUAGCUUCUUUCCAAGAACGAUUCACUGUGCCAGGAAAAAACUCAAGCAAUCGAGGAUCUUGGUAUUAGGUGGGGUUAUUUGGUGUCAAGUUAACGUGGGUAUCUUGUCCUCACGAGGACACUUAAGGUCUUUGUACAAAGUCUUGAUUUCAAGAAGCUGUAUUAGAUUGGGGAUCGUACAUUGUUUUCUUCAGCAAAGACAAGGGACUACCUGAUGCUUUUUGCUGCUUUGUUAAACUAGAAAAAUAAAGCGUCCGAGGUGAUAUU